AUGGCUGAGCAUCUCAUCGAAGGAAAACGAGAUAGAGAAGAAUCAGUAGAGGAAGAAGACCAAUUUAGUCAAAGAGAAUUAUCAAGGUCAAGGUCUAGAUCUAGAUCUGUCAGACGUGAUUUCCCAGAAUUGGAUAUUCCUCGGGAAGAAGAUUGGAUAGAGUUGUUACCUACUUUCAGCGGAAUGUUCAGUAAACGACCUUCUUCCCUUCUAGGCAAAUUGUCUCUUUUCUCACUCUUCCGUUCAUCCACCUCUCUACCUCCUAUCUCCACUCUCGAUAUCCUAUUCCGUUCUUCCGCCAUACCAAGCUUAGAUACCGGUAUUCGUGCUCUCAUCGCCUUCCAAUCUUACGCCACUUCACUCAAGAAUCAUCUCGAUCAGACUUAUCCCUUACCACGUACCAUUCCCGUAUGGCCCAUCUCGACUUCCCCACCAUCUCCCGAUCCGCAUAUCCUGGUCUCGUCGGCGGUUGAGACACGUGUGGCGAAACUUCUAGAGGCUUGUCUUGCCGUUAUGACCAUAUCGACUCAACUCGUAUGGUUCGGUCCCGAAUUGGAUCAGGAAGAUAGAAGAGAAGUUAUACCUUACAUUUUCAAGCUAUAUGGGUUAUUACUAGGAUCAUCUUUGAAAGAAACAAAGAAAGUAGUGAACAGAACCAAUUCCGAGUUACUCGAAGCGUUGUUCGAACCACUCUCAUCGUUCGGUAGUUUGUUCGCUCGAGCCGAAGGGUUGAUAGCGCGUUUACAACGACACGUUAGACAUCGUGUGAGGUCUUCCAAAAACGGAGUCAUUUCGAUGGAGGACGUAUCGGAUUCUGAAGCUUUGGAAAUUAUAAAGCUUCUCGAUCUGUUCACUCGAUCUCUAGCACCUGUCGCUACACUUCCACUUUCAUCUAAUACAACUGAACGGGAGGAGUCGCUUGGAGGUGAAGACAUGAUGGAGGCUAUGGCUCGUCCGUUGAGACUUCGAUUUGAAGCUGAACUAGCUAGACUCGACCUUCUCUUGGGAUUAGCAUCCAGAGAUAGCGAAGAAGUGACCAUCCGGACUUUAUACGGUAUGGGAUUACCAUUAGAAGACCUACGAGGGACUGAAGAUGAGAAAGAAAAAGCAUUAGGAUCUUCGACCGAAUGGGAAACAAUGGUAGAUGAAGCUAUGGUCAGUUGUAUAACCGAAGCAAGGGAGUUUCUGGAAGAUGGUAGGAUAGGAAUACUCGUUGAUCAUCUCAAGAAAACCGAUUGGAUCCCAGAACCGAUCGAAGAGAUUCCAUCUUCGAAUGGGGAUGAAGAAAGGUCGGACAAGGAUGAAUCGGAUCAAAGUGAUAAUGAUAGUGAAGAGGAAAGUGACGAGGAUGAUGAAGAUGAUGAAGAAGAUGAAGAUGACAAAGAGGGAAAUAUAGAUCUUUUCCCUUCAUGUCCCCUUCGGACUUUGUUCAGAUUACAUGAUCGGUUCGAAGAGAUGAGAUUGGCGACUUGGACUGAAUUACCUCCGAAUAAACGUGGGACUAGUUGGGCUUUUAUGCGUGGUGAUUUGGGUAAAACGGGUGUUGCGUGGGAUAAAUUGGGAAUGAGGAUCCUUAUGGAUUUGGAUGGAGCCACACUCAUGCGAUACGGUCUCGCCCCCGACGCGCUAGAUCAAUGGAUCGAGAAUGCCUCUGCGAAGAAUGUCAAGAAGAUUCGCCGAAGACUACCGAGCACUGUAAGAUUCAGUCCGAGAAGAGAGAAAGAUGGGACAGACGGAAAUUGUUGUCCACCUCAAUCAACUUCAAACCCAUCAAAACUUAAUGUACCUCAUCCUGUGUUGGAUCCAGAGGGAUAUGAACUACAAGGGACGUAUGAGAAAGUAGGGAAGUUUGAGAAAGUUUAUGUUACAGGACCUGAUCAUGCUAAACACGCUUUAGUGGUGAUUUAUGAUAUCUUUGGAUUUUGGGAGACGACUCAACGUGGUUCAGACUUACUUGCCAAUCAUCUUCUCUUAACUCGACCAACGCAGAUAUAUAUGCCUGACGUAUUCCGUGGACAUCCUUUUCCAAAAGAUAAAGAUGGUGAUAAAGAAGAAUUAGCAAAGUUUUUCAAGACUACUGCAAAGAUCAGUGAUAGAUUACCUGAAGUACUUGAAUUUGCCGAACAUCUCAAGGAAAAGUUUGACACCGUUUCCAUAUUAGGAUACUGUUGGGGCGGUAAAAUUGCCCUGCUCUCACUUUCCAAAGACCAACCCGACCCCACGCCGUUCUGUUGCGGGGCUGUCAUACAUCCUGCUAUGAUCGCCGAAGAGGACGGGAAAAAUCUUGCUGUACCGUUAGGAUUUUAUCCUAGUAUGGAUGAACCGAAUGAUGUGAUAAAAUCUAUCAAGAAGGAUAUGGAGGAGAAGGACUUUGGUAAGAAGUGCGAUUUUCAUCAUUACGACACUGUACACCACGGCUGGGCAGCGGCUCGGGCCGACCUCAAAGAUCCGGAGAACUUGAAGCAAUACGAAGAUGUCUAUCAACGCGCUGCCGACUAUUUCUCGCAGUGCUGUUAA